AUGAGCACCAUAUCGCUUCGCAUCCUUGCACCGCCGACCUCGGACACGCCCGAAGCGCCGACGUUGGUCGUACAAUGCAAUGCGACCAAAUACAUGUUCAAUGCAGGCGAGGGCACGACACGCAUUUCGGCACAGCGCCGCGCUUCGAAUUCGCGCGUUGAACACAUUUUCCUCUCGCGCAUUGCAUCCGAGACAAUGGGCGGCGUGCCUGGCCUCUUGAUGACGCUCGCCGACGGAGGCCGCUCCGAAAUCACGCUGCACGGUCCGCCGAACCUGCGGUACACUUUGGCAGCGACGCGAUUCUAUGCCAAGCGUGAGCAGAUGCGUGUGCAUACGCAAGAAAUUCCUUUGCAUGCGCAGGAAACAAGCGUGUACUCGGACCAGUACCUGGACGUGGUGGGCAUUCCGCUCCUUUUGCCCGCCGUGCGAACUGACGUGGAGAUAGCAGCAAAGCAGCACACACAGGCGCCAGGCGCAUACCAUGAACAGGAUGCGCCAUGGCGGGACCCGCGCUGGAGUCCUAGCACGCUAUGCGGCGCCGAUGCAGACAACUGGUACAAGACGGUGAUUGCCGAUGCGUGGGGCACAAAGUACGGCGACAAAGACGUGCGCACGCCCUCGCGCGUCGUUAACGCACUUCCAGGGCCUCCGCUCUUGCCAAUGCAAAAGAAUCAAGCGCCUGUUGUUGCCUAUAUUUGCGCGGCGCGCACGCAGCGCGGCAAAUUUGACGCGGCGCGCGCGGCAGCUAUGGGCAUUCCACCAGGGCCGAGCUUUUCGCAGCUCUCCGCUGGCCAAUCUGUCACGAUACAGCGGCCAGUAGCGUGGGAUUCCAUGGAUCCAGCAGCGCGCAAGCAAUGGCUUCACGCGCGCUCUUCCAAACGCGCACAGAAAAAGAACGGCGAACAUGACAGUACGCCAACGUACGCGGUCGAAGAGGUCACUGUAGCCAGUGCCGAAGUGGUCGGCGCUGCGCGCGCUGGCCCCGUCUUUUUCUACAUGUACCUGCCCACGCCCGCACACGUCGAUGCGCUGCUCCAACCCGAUGCCCAAGAUGCCUUCGCACCAUAUACCCUUGCAAGGAAUGCACAUCUCGAGCCGAGUCAGCAACGCACGCCACACAUUAUUCUCCAUGCAGCGCCACACGCCGUACUACAGGACGCGCGCUACCAGGCAUGGAUGGCAUCCUUUGGCCCCGCUUGCUACCACCUGAUUGCCAACCGCGAGCAAUGCGCAGACGAGCUGACGUACACGUCCAGCGCCAUGUCUUUGCUGCGCCUGUCGCGUCUGAAUGCAGACAUGUUUGUCGUGCCGGGCUACACAUUGAAGAGCAGCCAGCCCGUUGGCGCUCUGGAGCGCACUACCGCGCUCGUGCCCGACCAAGUUGUCCCCCUCCAACCGCGCAUGCCGCCGACACAGCUCAACGACGCGGCGCCUGUAUUCAACAAGCCAGUGCGCGAGAUGGAAAAGCAGCUUGUAGAAGAGAUGGACGCGGAUGUGCGCGCUGCUUAUGACGUAUACUGUGCCGCGGCGCGCGACGCACAAAAUGUGCCCCAGCGAGGCGGCGCACAGAGUGCUGCAGACAGCCUUCUCUUUACAACACUCGGCACCGGCAGCUCGGCGCCGAGCAAGUACCGCAACGUGCUGAGCACGCUGGUGCGUAUACCAGAGCAAGGGUACAUGGUACUGGAUGCAGGAGAAGGCACCUAUUUCCAGCUUGCGCGCAGUGCUGGCCCCGGCACGAAAGGAUGGGGCGAUGGUCAGGGCAUUGAGACGAUUCUGCGAAAUCUCGACAUGAUCUUUGUGAGUCAUAUCCACGGAGACCAUCAUAUGGGGGUCGCGCGGCUCUUGCUGGAGCGAAAAAGGCUGGAAAUGCGGCCGGAAAAGCCGCUGUACGUGUUUGCGAACAACUACACGCGGUUCUGCUUGCAAGAGUACGACCGCGUGGAGGCGCUGGGCCUUGGCGAGGAGCACGGCGUGAUCCUUGUGGACAAUGAAUGGAUCGACUACCAGCACGGCGUGGAUCCUGAGAAUGGCAGCGAGCGCCGCAAGCCAAAUACACACGCCGCCAAGCACGUCGGUGCCGCCAAAGCACAAAUGCACCUGCGUUCGAUCCGCACGGCGCCUGUGGUGCACCGCACGGGCCACUGCUACGGCCUCGUCGUCGAGCACGAGGCUGGCUGGAAACUUGUAUUUUCCGGCGAUACGAUGCCGUCCGAUGCACUGGUCGCAGCAGGACGCGAUGCAACAGUGCUGAUCCACGAGGCGACCAUGCAAAACGACGAGCUGGAACUUGCCGAACAAAAAGGCCAUAGCACGAUUGGGCAGGCCAUGCACGUCGCUCAGCGGAUGCGAGCGCAGCACCUCUUGCUCACGCACUUUUCCCAACGCUACCCCAAGUUUGCACGCAUGGGUGCAGAGGGGGGAAAGGUGCCCGCCGCGAUCGCGUUUGAUCUCAUGCGGAUCACCCCGCCGCAGAUCCGCCAGUUUCAAAGCUACCUCGCUGCGCUCGAGUCGCUCUUUGCCACAGAAGAGGGGCAGGAAGAAGACGUGCUUGAUGCAAAAGCGCGCGCUACGACGCAGCGCAAAAAUAUUUCGCAUUUCGAGCACCGCUACGUAACGCUCGCAUUUAUUGGCAUCGAUAAGCGCAAGCCCGUGCAUGCGCCGUCGGAACUCGCGCUGCGCGAAGGCAUCACCAUCGCGUUGCAGGAAACGCACGGGAUUGUGGGUGGUGCAUUUUCUGUAGACAUACUCUACGUCGGGAGCAACGGCGCGCGCGUGGAAGGAAUUGUGCGUGUGCCGUCGAUGCACGCGGAUGCGCUCCUUUCUGCGCUUUCUGCCGCUGGCCCAACAGCGCUGCACACGCUCACAGGAGGCCAGGCAGGUGUGCGCAUGAGCGUAAAAGGUAUUACGCAUGCAUUACCGCAUGCAGUACACGAUUCGCGCGAGUGGACAAAAGAGAUGCUUGCGCAGCACCAGCAGUAA